AUGGCGUUAGUAUUCAUGGUUACUGGUUUCGCUACUGAUAUCACCCAGCGUGUAGGCUGUGGAAUCGAACACUGGUAUUGUAUAAAUGUUUGUGAAUACACUGAGAAAUAA